AUGGAUACUAUUAGUAACAAUAAUAAUAUUAAUAAUAAUAAUAAUAAUAUUAAUAAUAAUAAUAAUAUUUAUAAUAAUAAUAAUAAUAAUAAUAAUACCAAUACCAAUACUACUAAUAAUAAAAACACAAUGGUAAUUUUUAAAUGCCAAGAUAAUGAAAAAGUUAUAAUUGAUUUACCAGGUGAAUUUUUAAAUGGUAAUAAUAUUAUAAAUAAACAACCCCUUUUAAAAGAAAAAAACAAUUUAGAAAAUAAUACAAUUGAAUUUAAUCAAGCAGAAAAUUUUUUAAAUUCAAUUUUAAAUAAAAAUAAAAAUGAAGAAAAUAAUAAUAAUAUUUUUAGUGAUGAUGAUGAUAAUGAUGACUCCGAUGAAGAUUCAAAACAAAAUUCUAAAAAUGAUACCAACAAUAUUACUACCCAAUCUUCAAUCAGUAACAAUAAUUCAAACUCUUCAAAGAAUCAAUCAACACAAAAUUUAAAUUCAAAUUUAAAGAAAAAAAUAAAGAAAUUAAAAAGAGAAAUUAAAUUAAAACAAAAACUUUUAAAUAAAACCGUUAAAAAAAGAGAGUUGUCCUUAUCAGGUGGUUUAACAAAACCAAAUAGUAAUAAAUCAAGUCCUACUGAAUUUAAUGGUUCAAACAUUCUUUCAAACUCCGCUCCAGUUUUCUUUAAAACUGAAAAACCUUCAAAUUCUUUAUCACCAAUUUCAAUUUCAAGUGUUAAUAACACAAAUAAUAAUUCAAAUAGUAAUAUUAAUAUAAUUAAAAAUAAUAAUAAUAAUAAUUACAAUAACCAUGUAAAAUUAAAUAAUGAAUCAUCAAAUUCAUCACCAAUAUCAAUGUCACCUAAUAACUAUUCUUCACCAUGCAAUAUAAGUAGCCCAACAACACCAACAUUAAUGAAGUCUUACUCUUUUGGAGCACCAUGUAAAUCAAACAACUCUGAUCAUUCACCAUUAAAUCAUGGUAAUGUAUUUAAAAAUAUAAACUAUUCUUCUUCUACCUCUACAUCCAAAUGGGACUUUAACAGUCCAAGUACAACAAAUAAAAAAUAUGGAAAUGGAUUAAUUCAACUACCCCAAAAGGUAUACAAAAAUAUUCAAACACCACAUUCUAAUCAUUCACCAAAUAACCCAUAUAGUCCAUUAAUUUCUAAAAAUAAUCAAAGUCCAAAAGUUUACCAAUUCCAAAAUAAAAAUUAUAACCAAAUGGUUUAUCAACAACAACAACCACCACAACAACCACAACAACAAAGAUACCAUGUUCCACAACACCUACAACAACAACAACAAUAUUACAAUUACUAUUCAAAUAAUUAUGUAAAUUGUGGAAGUCAACUAAAUACCGCAACAACGAAUGAAGAUAUUUCAAACCAAAGUCAAUGGCAUCAACAACAACAACAACAACAAACUUAUAACUAUUAUGCACCAAACAAUAAUCAUUUGUCAUUUCAACAAAUUCCAACACCAACAUCCUCAAAAAUUUAA